ACAGCAACUUCGUACUCGGAAACGCGCAGGUUCCCGCGCUCUACCCGAUCGUCUACUGCAGCGACGGCUUCUGCGAACUCACAGGCUACGCCCGCGCGCAGAUUAUGCAGAAGGGCUGCGCCUGUAAGUUCCUCUACGGCCCGGAAACCUUGGAGGAACAGAAGGUCGCCAUCGACAAGUCGCUGGAGAGCAAGACGGAGCUGAAGAUCGAAGUCAUGUUCUACAAGAAGAAUGGGUCAUCCUUCUGGUGUCUGCUGGACAUCGUACCCAUCAAGAACGAGAAGCGGGAGGUGGUGCUCUUCCUCGCUUCCCACAAGGAUGUCACCAACUCUAAGAUGGAGGAGGUCGCCUUCUACCCUGGCUACGAGAACGACGAAAACGAGAACCUGGAUCCUGAAGCUCCCCCUAAUAAGUACGGCCGAAGACGUAGCCGAGCCGUCCUGUACCAGCUGUCCGGACACUACACCCAGGACAAGGGCAAGAACAAACUCAAGCUCAAUAACAACCCUCUUCAACCACACGCCGCAGCGCCCUUACCUGAAUACAAAACCGCCAGCAUCCAGAAGUCUCGCUUCAUCCUCACCCACUACGGGAUGCUAAAAACUUGCUGGGACCUGGUCAUCCUCCUGGCUACUUUCUACGUCGCGGUCACUGUCCCUUACAACGCCGCCUUCCUCGUCAACACGAACCAGCAGGACAAGCCGACUAUUGUCCCCGACGUGGUGGUGGAGGCGCUCUUCCUGGUUGACAUAAUGCUCAACUUCCGGACAACAUUCGUGAACAAGAAGGGGGAGGUGGUGUUGAGCCCCAUCAGGAUAGCCACCCACUACGUCAAGGGAUGGUUCGUCCUCGACCUUGUGGCCGCCAUGCCCUUCGACCUCCUCCUCGCCGCUGAUGUCUACAGCUCCACCUUCCAGGCGACCAACAUCCACCUGCUUAAGCUGACGCGGCUCCUGCGGCUGGCGCGCCUCCUGCAGAAGAUGGAUCGUUACUACCAGUACUCGGCCCUCAUCCUGACGCUCCUCAUGCUCUCCUUCAGCCUCGUCGCCCACUGGCUCGCCUGCGUCUGGUACGCCAUCGCUGAGGACGAGAUGCAGAGACCCCAGGCUGAGAUUGGGUGGAUCUACGACCUGGCCAAGAGGCUGGAGACGGACGUGAGGAACGUGACCAUCUCUGAGAAGUACGUGACGGCGCUCUACUUCACCUGCUCCUCCCUCACCUCCGUCGGCUUCGGCAACGUCUCUGCCAACACCAACCGGGAGAAGAUCUUCAGCAUCAUUACCAUGCUCAUUGGAGCCCUGAUGCACGCGACGGUGUUCGGGAAUGUGACGUCAAUCAUCCAGAGAAUGUACCUGAGGCGCUCCCUCUACCAGACCAAGUGGCGUGACCUGAAGGACUUCCUCUCCCUCAAUCAGAUCCCGAAGGAGCUGCGGCAAAGAAUGCAGGACUACUUUCAAACCAUGUGGAGCCUUAACCAGGGCAUUGAUAUUCAUGAGACCCUGAAAGAGUUCCCCGAAGAGCUACGAGGGGACAUCUCCAUGCACAUCCACAGGGAGAUCCUAUCCUUGCCCAUCUUCGAGACCGCCUCGCAAGGCUGCCUCAAGCUGCUGAGCCUUCACAUCAGAAACAACUUCUGUGCCCCUGGCGAAUACCUGGCUCAUCGCAACGAUGCCCUCCAAUACAUUUACUACCUCUGUAAUGGCUCCAUGGAGGUCGUCAUGGAUGACAUGGUUGUUGCCAUACUUGGAAAGGGUGACCUGGUGGGUACUGAUGUAGACAUGCACCUUCGUAAUGGCGCCGACACCGUGGUCAAGUCUUCUGGUGAUGUAAAAGCACUCACUUAUUGUGAUUUGAAGUCAAUCUACAUUCCUGGUUUACUGGAUGUCCUCAAACUAUACCUCGAGUACCAACAGGAGUUCGCUAAUGACAUCAAACACGACUUGACAUACAACCUGAGGGAGGGCUAUGACAACGAGCAAGACAUGGAUAUUGGCUCUGGGAAAAACCUGUUACCAUCAAUCAGCGAGGAUGACGAGGAACGAGGGAGCGAGGAUGAGGACAAGUCUCCCGUGUCAACGUCGCCCAGGUCUCCUCUACACACCCGCACCACCACAAGGUUCACCUUCCCACGAAAUGAUGAAGAAAUUGGGAGCCCUCGUUGGGGUCACAGAAGUCGUGAGCGGAGUGGUGGGACUCCAGUAAGGGGCGCCCUGAAGACCCUCUCCCCAACUCGCCUUCACCAUCGCUCCAAUGAUGAACUCAGAUGUGAUGAUCAGGCAAAGGUUCAGCUGGAAAAGCUUGACACACAAGUUAACACACUUCACUCAGAUGUUAGUGGCUUAACUCAAGAGGUUCGCUCAGCACUGCAGCUACUUCAAUCAAUUAGUCACAAUAUUGGUGGCGUUGAUAAUGAAGGUGGAGGCGAUGAAGCAGGCAGCUGUUUUACUGUUGCAAGCAACGAAGGUGGACGAGUAGGAGGAUUGAACGUCAAUAGCGGGGUUUCGAGCAAUUACAUGCAAGAAAAUAGAUUGACACCGCUCUGCAGAUCUUCACCAAGCGUAUUUGCUACUUGUCAUGAUGCACGCAUAUCCUCCUCAUUACCACGGCACCGCAGUCGGAAUGUCUCGACCCAAACUGACCUUCCCAUAGAUGUUCCUGUUGCCGUUCUUGAAGCAUUUGUUUUAGCUCAUCGUUCUAGAGUUCUUCAACUCUUGGGCAUUCAAGAAGUUGUUAGUUCUUCCCCAGAUACACCUUCCAAUAGUGUCCAUGUCAUUCCACCUUCUACUUCAUCACAAACUAGUGAAGUCCAUACAUGUAUUGUUAUUCAUGAUAACAGCAGCAAUAGCUGUUCGGAGACCUCUACACCUGACCAAGAUGAUCCUUACUCUAGAACUAAACAAGCAUUAGAGCCACAAACUGUACAAACUCAAAACCCCUCCAUUACAAUACAAGCUCCUACAAAUCUUGUAGGAGAUAGCAGAAAUAACAAUAACAACAAACCUUUAGGCCCAUCCAUAGAAACCUACCAACUAACAAACCUACAAAACUGGAAUCCAGUCUCGCAUUUAAGUAGAACAGUCAUGUCAACUUCACGAAGUACUGGUAGCCUGAAAGAUAUUCUUUCUAUAAACUUCAAUAAUCACCCCCAACAGCUUAACCAACAUAGUAAUAACUCUCCAUACUUAUUACAAUGUCAGAUAGAGAAUAAUGAUACAGAUCCCACUAAAACUUUAGUACAUUAUGGGUGUUCUUCAGACUGUCCAACUGAUCUCUUAUGCUUAUCAGAAGUUAACCAUACCAUGACACGCAGUACCUCCAUGCCUGUAGCCUCCUUCAAAUACCUACCAAAUCUUGCAAGCACUUCCUUAUUGGCAAACACACACUUAUCACAGCUCGGCAGAGAUACAGAACCACAUACAUCAGGGCUGCCUGAAUCUUCAGGCAUGCUUCCAAAUACAACAGAAGAAUUGCAAAAUACUGUUCAGACACCCACAAUUGUUACAGACUUCUAGCUAUGGAUAUGUGACAUGCUUAUGAUUAACUGAGUCGCCAGUACAAACGAAAAUGGGAGAUCUCGUGUAGGCUGUUUGCAUCUUGGAUUUUUCGACAGAACCUUACAGUAAUGAUGGUACGCUGCUUGUCAAAGAAUACUUGAAACCAUUUCAUCUAAAUUUAGCUAUAUAGUUUCAGCAUGAUCUCACUGUUCAUUAAAUUAAAUGUAAUGCCACUAUCCUAAUCAGUGUCUCUUCAUUAAAGAAGAACUACAUUGCCUAAAUGUUUUCUAGCAUCGUGCAUGGGCAACACAUAUAUUGCCUUGAUACCAGCCAUGAUCAAAAUAUUAUCCCAAAUAUCUUGAGCAUAACACUGCACACUUCAGAAUCUCUCUUCAUUUUAUGGAAUAAAAAUUAAAAUGAUUGAAUCCCAUUUUGAAUAUAAACUGUUGGUGCAGCCUCUUAAUAGUGUUCACAAACACAGCCUCGGCAAGCGCACUGCAUUAUAGUGUAAUACUAGUUAAUUGUAUGAUUCCUCUCAUUUUCAUUGUUUCUGGAAUCAUGGUUAACUAAUUAUGCUAUUACAAUUCACACUAAUAAAAAAAUGCCAAUUAAAAUAUAUUAGCAUAAAUAAUGCUGUACAUCUUUAUUUAACAUUCAAAAUGGGUAACUGCAGCCAUGUGUGUACUAUGUAUAUAUAUACAGUAUAUAUAUUAUGUACUACCAUAUUAUAUAUACUGUAUAUGUAUAUAUAUUGUCCAAAAAAAAUAUAUAUAUUUUAAUGUAAAAAGCAAACACAAUUUGAGCAGAUGUUACUACGUGCCAUAUUUUAACUUAAAAAUUAAUAUUCUCUUUACAUAACUUUAGGUCAUCUACCUCUAUUACUAAUAGGUUUAAUGUUUAUAAAUAUCUCCUAUAUUAUAAUAUGUAUAUACAAAUUUAUAAUGAAUAUAUUCCACAUAUACCAGAUUGUUAAGUAGCAGCAUUGCUUCUGCUGCAGAAACUCAGAAGUACAUUGAAGUCCAAUGUAUGUAUUUUAUUUUUGUGAUUUGUGGUUGUCAUUGUGGCUUUUAUGGAACUCUGUUGGAAUAUUGCAUUGCCAUGUGAUUUUUGUGUACAACAUUUGGUUACAAAAGCAAAUGUGUAUUGACUAUUAAUGGGAACAUUAAUAUUUAUGGUGUAAGACUCUGUAUUGGAGAAACUUAAAUCAUUCGGGUAUUAAUUUGUAAACAAAAAGCAUAAUUCUUGAGAAAUUUAGUAAUCUUGUGUCUUGUAAUAAUUAAGACAAAGAAUGAAUAGGAGAAUUAUAAAGCUAAAUUAUAUUAAGCUGUUUGAAUAAGUGUGAUACACAAAUUUCAUAGCAUAAUGUUGAAUAAUUUGUUAUAAAUAAAUCAAGAAGUGAAGACCACACAUUC